AUGCUACGUCAAACGCUGCAGGUCGUGGGCGUGCGUGUAGAGGCUUCCAAGGCCGGUAAAGUGGUUAAAAAGCUACAGAACCACCUACUGAACCUACCCAAGCUGCGUAAUGUGGUGGCUGAUCCAGCGAGCGACGCAAUGAAGUUAGUACUGCUCAGUACUAGAGUGCGCAGUCCCGAGACACUGCAGCCGCUGCGUGAGCAAUUGACGAAUUUCCUGCGCGCUGCUUCCUUCAGCUUCGUGCCUCAUACUGUCCGGAUUAACAAUGCAGAGGAUGUAGCAGAUCGCGUAGUGGAUACGGAGAGAGGAAAUGGGGGGAAGGCCUGA